AUGAGGCAUCUAUCAGCUCACAACCUUCUCUCUGAUUGCCAGUAUGGUUUCCGUAAAGGCCGAUCUACUGGUGAUCUUCUUGCUUUCCUAACUGAAUCUUGGUCAUCCUCUUUUAGGGACUUCGGUGAAACCUUUGCUGUCGGCCUUGACAUAUCGAAAGCCUUCGAUAGAGUCUGGCAUAAAUCUUUAAUUUCUAAACUACCCUCCUACGGAUUCUAUCCUUCUCUCUGUACCUUCAUCUCCAGUUUCCUUUCCGACCGGUCUAUUGCUGCUGUAGUGGACGGUCACUGUUCUCCUAAAACUAUCAACAGUGGUGUUCCUCAGGGUUCUGUCCUAUCACCCACUUUCUUUCUAUUAUUCAUCAAUGAUCUCCUAAAUCUGACUCAAUGCCCUAUCCACUCCUAUGCUGAUGACACCACCUUGCAUUUUUCAACGUCGUACAACCGACGCCCAACCCAACAAGAAUUAAAUGAUUCAAGGCGAGAUGCUAUAGGACGCUUAUCUUCUGAUCUUUCACUAGUUUCUGAUUGGGGCAGAGCAAACCUUGUUUUGUUCAAUGCCUCAAAAACACAAUUUCUACAACUAUCUACUGGAAAUAACCUUCCAGAUAACUCAACGACACUCAACUUCCCCUCUCCUCCACAUUAA